AUGGGUUCUGAGGGACAACAAGAUAUUGAAAUGGCCAUCCUCACUGCCUUGUUAAAAGGCACGAAUGCUUCGGCAGCAGAUCAGCUCAGUUUGGCUCUGGCCUGGAACAGAGUGGAUAUUGCUCGCAAUCACAUCUUUGUUUAUGGACACAAUUUACCACCUGCCGGUGCCAUCGCCAACACGACAACCUCUGCAGCCGCAACCCAGGAGAAAACGAAGAGUCCCGCCAGCGCUCCUCGCAACAAGACCCGAGCAAAAAAGGGGAAGGGGAAGGGAAAAGCAAAACCUGAACCUCCAGAGGAGACAGACCCGAGGAAGUUGGAGUUGAUUCGUUGGGUGAACUCUCUGGAGCAGGCUAUGAUGGAUGCUCUGGUGCUGGACAGAGUGGACUUUGUCAAACUGCUCCUUGAGAAUGGCGUCAAUAUUCACCAUUUCCUCACCAUUCCCAGGCUGGAGGAGUUAUACAACACGAAACUUGGACCUGCGAACACUUUGCAUGCUGUGGUUAGAGAUGUCAAAAAGGGAAACCUUCCUCCAGAUUAUCAGAUCACUUUGAUUGAUAUUGGUCUGGUGCUGGAAUACCUCAUGGGUGGAGCUUACAGGAGUAAUUACACCAGGAAGGUUUUUCGCAACCUCUACAAUAAUUUAUAUGGACUAAAAAGGCCGAAAGCGCUGAAGCUUUUAGGAAUGGAGGAUGAUGAACCAAGGCCCAAAGGCAAGAAGAAGCCAAAAAAGAAGAAGGAGGAAGAGGUGGAAAUUGAUGUGGACGACCCUGAAGUCUGCAGAUUCAAGUUUCCCUUCCAUGAGCUGAUGCUGUGGGCGGUGCUGAUGAAGCGCCAGAAGAUGGCGCUGUUCCUCUGGCAGCGUGGAGAAGAAGCUAUGGCAAAGGCUUUGGUGGCCUGUAAACUGUAUAAAGCAAUGGCCCACGAGUGCUCUGAGAGCGAGCUGGUGGACGACAUCUCCCAAGAUCUGGAGAACAACUCCAAAGAAUUUGGCCAGUUGGCCUACGAGCUGCUGGACCAGUCCUAUAAGCACGAUGAACAGGUGGCCAUGAAACUCUUAACAUAUGAGCUGGUUAACUGGAGUAACUCCACCUGUCUGAAGCUGGCCGUGGCUGCUAAGCAACGUGAUUUCAUCGCUCACACCUGCAGCCAGAUGUUGCUCACUGACAUGUGGAUGGGCUGCUUAAGGAUCGGAAAAAACCCUGGCCUCAAGGUCAUUCUGGGAAUCAUCUUUCCUCUUCUCAUUCUACUGUUGGAUUUCCGUAUCGGAGACGAUCAUCAUGCACCUGAAGGCAAAGAAGAUGGAAAAGACAAGGAUGAUGACACAAAGUCUAGCAAGGAGGGGAAUGCUGAUGCUACUUCCCGAAAGGGAGACGAAGAGGAGGGCAGCGCUAAAGUCCGUAAAAUCCCCAUUGGCAAAAGGUUCUUUGAGUUUUACGACGCACCCUUCACCAAAUUCUGGUUCAACACCAUUUGCUAUCUGGGCUACUUAAUGUUGUACAACUACAUCAUCCUGGUGAAAAUGGAGCGAUGGCCAUCUCUACAGGAGUGGACCGUCAUAGCAUACAUCCUCACACUUGGCACUGAAAAAGUCAGACAGAUUCUAAUGUCAGAACCAGGGAAGCUGAAACAGAAGAUAAGUGUGUGGCUGGAGGAGUACUGGAACAUCACCGACCUGGUGGCCAUUUGCACCUUCCUUCUGGGGCUCAUGUUGCGGCUGCAGCAUGAACCAUACAUGGGCUACGGCAGAGUCAUCUACUGUAUUGACAUCAUCUUCUGGUACAUUCGCGUAUUGGACAUCUUUGGAGUCAACAAAUACCUGGGUCCCUAUGUGAUGAUGAUAGGGAAGAUGAUGAUCGAUAUGAUGUACUUCGUGGUGAUCAUGCUGGUGGUGCUCAUGAGCUUCGGGGUGGCUCGGCAGGCCAUCCUUCACCCCGACGAGGAGCCAACGUGGCGCCUGGCCAGGAACAUUUUCUACAUGCCCUACUGGAUGAUCUAUGGAGAGGUUUUUGCGGACUCGAUAGACCCUCCAUGUGGUGAACAUCUAUAUGAUGAGGAUGGAAAGAAACUGCCUCCAUGUAUCCCUGGAGCCUGGCUCACACCUGCCAUCAUGGCCUGUUACCUUCUCGUGGCAAACAUUCUUCUGGUCAACCUGCUCAUUGCAGUGUUCAACAACACCUUCUUUGAAGUCAAGUCCAUUUCCAACCAGGUGUGGAAGUUUCAGAGAUAUCAGCUGAUCAUGACUUUCCACGACCGUCCCAUCCUGCCUCCGCCUCUCAUCAUCUUCAGCCACCUCUACAUCCUCUUCAACAGGCUGUUUCGACGAUGUGCCAGGAAGAAACAGGAGGGAGAGCUGGACGAGAAGGACAGAGGACUUAAGCUCAGGCUGAAUCCAGAGGAGCUGAAAAAUCUGUACGAGUUUGAAGAACAGUGUGUGGAGGAAUAUUUCCGCGAGAAAGAGGACGAGCAGCAGUCCUCCAGUGAUGAACGCAUCAAGGUUACUUCAGAGAGAGUUGAGAAUAUGUCAAUGCGUCUGGAGGAGGUCAAUGAGAGGGAGAACACUAUGAAGGCCUCCCUGCAGACUGUGGAUCUGCGUCUGGCCCAGCUCGAGGAGAUUCACGGGCGCAUGGCAGUCGCGCUGGAAAAACUUGCCGGGGUGGACAGGUUGGAGCUGACCAGAACCUACUCACGAAACUCCUCUGUGUGCGAUCCUUCCUCUCUCCUGCGCCAGGGCAGCAUCAACAGCGCCGACGGUUACAGUCUUUACCGCUUCCACAUGGACAUGGAGGAGUUUGCUACCAAGCAAAAGGACACGGAGGAGACAGCUAAGAGCGGCCUUGAAAGACAGCGGAGCAUUUGCACUCUCAACCCCAAGGAGGGCGGUCAGACUUUAGAGGUCGGCGGUUUAGAGAGGUCACGACCCAGCUCAUGUGUGGACAUCCUCAUAUCUCCAUGUGAACAAAAGCCUGCUUCUGCAGCAUCGAGUCAAGAGACCAUAACCAACAUAAAACAAGGCAGCACAAUGUUCCUAGAUAGGCUCUCAGAUAAAAACAGACUCAAGCCUUCAUCUUCUCCGAAAAGGACUAAAUCCUUGAAACACUAUCCAGUUGAAGACCAACCAACCUCUCCUUUGUCAAAGAGGAGGGCGAUGAGCACCAUCAUCAUUAACCCUCCUGAUGAACCAGAGGAUGCUGCUGAACCCACAGAGAAACCCCAACUGCCGCAAGGUACCUCCUCUUCUCCAAAGAGGACUAAAUCUCUCAGAUAUCUGCCAACUGAAAGCCAAAGCCAGAUUUCUCCUACCACAAAGAAGAGGGCUAUGAGCAGCAUCAUCUACAACCCAGCUGAGGUGGGCGACGACUUCCUACAAACUGCUGACUACAGGUCUCUGGUAGAGCAGGUCACUAAAACUCCCAACCAGUGGCCUUCAAAUCUGGAGUAUCAGGUGCAUCCCAGCACUUUGGGCCACAUACCUAAAGUUUCCACAGUCAGAAGCCUUGCACAGCAGUUUCAAACUACCGCUGCACCCGCAGAGCUUCAAAAUCAGAACAAGACUGAUGCAAUUCCUUCAGAAAGUGAGGGAACUCUUCCAGCGACUGAGCCUGUGGAAGACCAAAUAAAGAUGAAGGCGAAGAGAAACCUUUCGGACACCACUGACUAUCUGACUGUGGCGGAUCAAAAGUAUUUGCCGUGUCCCAGGUCACUGAGCUGGAACGCCAGCGAGAGGAAAGCAAAGUCCUUCAUGGUUAGCAAGGAGAUGAAGGCCUCGAGCAGCGCGAGAAACCUUGCUGAAGCCAGCAGGGUGUUGGUCGUUGGACUGGAGGAUGAGGAAAAGAAGACGGAGGCAGAAGAUGAUGCACACAAGUAG